CAAUUUCCACACCAUCCAACAAAGCAACAGAAAUUUGGAAACAAUUACUCAAACGCUCUUUUCUUUCACCAAGAUCAAUAGAAUGUCGCUGAUUCCGAGCUUCUUCGGUGGCCGACGAAGCAACGUCUUCGACCCAUUCUCCCUCGAAAUCUGGGACCCCUUCUACGACUUCCCAUUCUCUAACGCCGCUGUCUCUUCACCGGAGGUUUCCGGCGAGGCGGCGCGGUUCGCCAGCGCGAGGAUCGACUGGAAGGAGACGCCGGAGGCGCACGUUUUCACGGCGGACCUUCCCGGGCUGAAGAAAGAGGAGGUGAAGGUGGAGGUGGAGGGAGGGAGAGUGCUGCAGAUCAGUGGAGAGAGGAGUAGGGAGCAGGAGGAGAAGACGGACACGUGGCACCGGAUGGAGAGGAGCUCCGGGAGGUUUCUCCGGCGGUUCAGGCUGCCGGAGAAUGUGAAGAUGGAUGGGAUAAAGGCUAGCAUGGAGAAUGGGGUGUUGAGUGUGAGGGUGCCCAAGGAGGAGGCCAAGAAGGCUGAUGUUAAGGCUAUCGACAUUUCUGGUUAAUUAAUUAAUGUUUAAUUAAUUAAUGUUUAUGUAGUUAUAUGUGUGUGUCUUAUCAUUAUUACGGAGUAUUAUUUUUUUCUGUGUGUUCAUGUCAAUUAGACAAUACUGUAUUAUUAUGUAUGAUGGAUUAAAAUUGUAAUUUCAGUUAAUGUUUUAAAUUAAAUAAACAGGAAAAAAAAUUUUUCCAAAA